CGCGUGUAUACCGGUCAGGUGCGCGAAAUCGUAACCGUAGUGGAAGCCUGGUUGAUCCGAAAUUUGGCAAGUUGAUCAACUCGCUAUCAAUACUUCUCAGUGAUCACUACGAUCCAGGAUGAUUGUCCUCGCGUGGUCUUUGUUCGUGCUGGUCUCGUUACUCGUCGCCACUAAUCAAGCCUUUCUUGCUGCUCCUGCACCAGUUCACGGAGCGUCGAGUUACGAUGUCACUGGCGUGCAGCGACGAUUGGAGAGCUACGAGGUGAUUCAUAAAGUUAAUAACAACCAACACCCAGUUGAUUCGACAAGCAAUAAUCGUGACGACGAACAAACGGUUUAUGUGUUCGAAUUUGAAUCCGAGUCGAACGAGAAAGAAGAAAGUCUGCAAGAAGGAAAGGAGACACCUAAUGGCGGAUUUAUUUAUGUUUCAGACGAGGAAGACGAUCAAAAUCCGCUUGAUCCAUGGUCGAUCGUCUGGUACAUCGGUUCAUUCGGUGGCCUCGUCGCCUUUUUCCUCAUCGUCAGUUGUUCGGAAUGGUGUUGCCGUCGUGGUGGAAGAUCACUAUCGGUCCCCUAUUCUCAACGGAACGAGGUGAUCAACGGGCCGGUGGUGACCGAAACACCACCCCCGCCUUAUCACUUGUUCGCGCCACCCUCGUACGAUUCUGUGAACUAUGGCGAGAUAACGGACAAGACUUCCGGGGAGAAGGUGGACAUAUACGUGAUAUCGGUGCCACUUCAUAGAUCUGUGGUACAGGCGCCAGCCUAAAUUUCCCUCGAACAGAGCCUCGAGCGGAGGAUACCGGUCGAAAUAUUGAAAUGGAAAACGACACCGAAUCGUUUCGUCGACAUCCAUUGACGAUCGUUCGUUGGUCCAUCGGUGGACGCAAUAGAGUACGAGAAGAAGGACGAUAUAUAUCGUAUCGCUUUUGAAGAAUUUAUUGAAGCUUUCUCAUGUGAUGAUAUAUAUAUGCAUCUUCCUUUAAAUCGGGAGAAUUUUUGACAAUCGUUCGCCGAUCUAUGAACAAUAUCCGUUGAAAACGAGAUCGAGAAGAGACGAGGAACGAGCUUGAUAAAUUAUUCGUUUUGAAUAUUGAAAAGAUACUUUUGAAUAUCGUGAUACACAUAAGUAUCGCGAUGUACGGUAUGUAUAUAAAAUUUUUCGAUAUUACAAAGUGAUAGAGAAGAUUUUUGUUCGCAAUUGAAGGAACAAAUAAUACUUCGCGAAGAUUAUCGAUAAGCAGGAUAAGGAAUUUGGAAGGUUGGGAGAACAUUUAUGAAACGAAAGAGACGCGAGAAGCUUCGAAUCUCUCUGAUGAUGACUGAUGGACAAUUCCGAAAAUUCCGAACUGUUAAGAAGAUUUCGAAAUAUUGUUAUCGAAUAUUUAAACAGACAAUUAUAUAUUUCUGUGUAACACAGUGAAUGCAGGAAAGAGAUGAAAAGGCCGGUUAUAAAUAUAUUCUAGAAUUUAAAAGUAUCAAUUGAGAAGGAUAAGGAUAAAAGAAAAAAAGAAAAAAAAAAAGGCAAUGAGAAAUUUU